AUGGUCCAGGCACUUCAGGCAAAGGCCAUUUUCGAUUGCCAUGGCGACGAGGAAUCUGAGCUGACCUUUCUCGAAGGCGACAUUCUGACCGAUGGAACACUUGGCACUGACACCUGCUACAAUCAGACGCCUGUCCAACAACAACUCCCACCACAGCUCCCCUCUAGGACUCCUCCAGCAACCAAGGCCAUCGGCGUCACUCCAGUAGUCGAGGCAUCCAAACGUCAACUCCCAGCUAGGCAAACUCAACCAUCAGGAACUAAACCAGUGCCGCCAAUUGAUGCUCUAGCAAACACGACAAACAGGGUUGGACCUGUUGCUGGAGCCACAAAAGUCGGCCUUCCGGGACUUGGAUCGCGAUCCAUGUACGGAGCUCCUAGGGACAGUGGAGCUUCAUCUCCGGAUACCCAGGGUUCCGAUUUCGGUAGAGCCAUGUCAGGACCGCCAGCACUUCCCAAGAGAAGCAACACUAUGCACGAAGCAAGCCUGACUCAGGAAAAGGCUGCGACUUCUGGAGCGGGAUUGUCGGCACGGGAUCGCAUGGCUGCUCUGUCAAUGUCAAGCCAAGCAGCACGUAGCCCCCCCUCGGCGGCACCCAGGCCGGCACUCCCACCCAGAACUUCGACGGCGAGCUCUGUCGAUUCAGGAUUGUCGCCAGCCACGUCAAAAACAGACACGGAUCGUAAGCACACCUAUCAGGUUCCGGAUGCGGCGGUACCUGUUCCCAAGCUGACGACGUUUUCCAGACCUCGAUCUGCAAGGACAUCAAAAGCCUUCAGUCCGGUAGACGAGAAGAACGUUGGUCCUACGACCCCUGCUGGUGCAAAGCCAAUUGCGUCUGAGCGUCAGGCCAUGUCGACCCCUCCAAAACUUCCUACCAGGAAUACAGGACCAUCGACACCUGGUAGCGCAGGAUCCAAUGGUGUAGCUGGUCCAGUGCGAUUCAGCCCAGUGGCUGCUAGGGCUAGUGCGUCUGAUCUCCCUACACUCCCAGCCAUCAACAGGAAUAGCCAACCAUUGCCAUUACCUUCCAGAUCAGCAUUAAUUUCAACAGUUGGCGCCUCACCAGUAGCAAAGAGCAAUCUCGGUGGUCUCUCAAGAUCUGCUACGACAGGCGCAGCAGGAGCGGCUCAACCUGCCCACCAGGACGUUGAAAACCAAAGCGGACCUCUGGGCUCGGCAUUCGGCGUCAAGUUGAACUCAGUUGGAUCCAGGGCGACAACAGCAACGGCAGGAUCCUAUUUCCCAGCAAGCCAAUCUGCACCAACUAUUGCAGCCAGACCUGCUGCACUUGCUCAGGAUGAUUUCCGGCCACCACCUCUGCCUGCACGAUCCAACACUAUCCCAACUUCACCCUCAGCCUUUGCACCCGCAGCAACAUUGCAAAAUUCACCAUUGUCAAAACUUCAUCGGGAUGCCGGUCAGCGUCCUUUCUCUACUCCCAUAGACGACGCCUCAGCGCGCCAGGAUGACAUCUCGGCGCAGAUUCAGCAGGAUCAUCAGGUCGCUAAGGCAGUCGCAGGCCAUGAUGUGAAGACGUGGAACGACCCUGCAUCGAGUACAUCCAUUCUUAAGGACGCAUUGUCAUGGCAUGACAACAGCCAUACAGGAAAGAAGACUACGUCAUGGAAUGCUCGAGGAGCUGCCAUCCCUCCAACUCGCUUGCCAGACGUUAAUGCGGCCGAAAGGGUUGGGAUCGCGCGGGAUGCCCGACGUCGCUACGAGGAGCUCUUCCGAUUCGUCUGCAAGGGCGAGUACCUCGAAGGCGCCAAGGUUCACGCGAUCUAUGUGCGAAGUCGACUGGACUCGCCUACUCUUGCACAGAUCUGGGAUUUGGUGGAUAUUGAUAAUGCUGGACGACUGAACAAAGCGCAAUUCUGCAUGGGGCUGUACCUGAUUGACGAGCGACUCGGCACAGGAUUGAUCCCUCUGGAAGUUUCGGACGAGCUCUGGGUCUCUGUCAUGCAGUAG